AAGACGAUGCCGGAUGCCCAAGUUUUGCCUCCUUGUCCCAACAUCACUAUUGAUGCCCCCAUACCGUCCAAUUUUUCCAUUUCAUCUCACGUUCGACCCCUUUACUCUCGCUCAGAGCCUUAUAUUCGACUAUUCAUUCGUUGGGAACACCCUCACUCGCUCGGGUGUGCGACCAUCACCGUGAAGUCUUGACAGGUUCGCUUCCACGUACUUCUUCAUUCAGGCGGACUCGACUCGUUCCAUCACCCUUGGAGUCGACGAUAAUACGCAUCCGAAUCCGAACCCGACCCUUUUGGAAUCUAUUCUCAGAGACAUCGACGACGUUACUUUGGGGAAAACAGGGGCGCGUAUCGACAGAUACUUGAGACACGGUGGUUUGGGACAGUGACGACAUCAAAACCUCAAAAUGAGGACAACACAACUUCUUGUGGCCCUGGUGUCGGUGUCAUCAAUAGCGUCGGCAUGGCCGUGGCCAAACAAAGCGAUCGAGGCGCAUGUCAAGAGGGGGGUGGAGAAUCUAAUAUACGGGAGACAAGAUGAGAGCACCUCACAAACCCGGUCGGCCUCAGAUGCCCAAGAAACAACAUCGCCAUCGGCAUCUGGAUCCGCAGCGGCCUCGAAAUCCGCCCCGGACUCCAAGACUGCCUCAAUUACUAGCUCCCCAUCCGGCAGCUCUCGCCCAUCCGGCUCUGCCAGCGAUAGCGGGAGCGCCAGCAAAACUGAUUCAGACGCCAGCCAAACCACCGAAUACGACCCCCGUCUGCCAGCCGGCGGCAUCGAAAUGGUGAAGCCUGGACGCUUCGACGGGCAGCAAUACUACAAAAUCGGCGAAUACGUGACCUUCAAGUGGAACUACACGUCGCUCUCGGCCACCCCGACCGCCAUCGAUGUGCUGGCGUCGUGUUCGCUGAACCAGGCGACCUACACGCUGACGUCCAAUAUGACCACGGGGCCCACCGGCGAGGUGGUCUGGGACACGAAGCAGUAUGAGAACACGGGGACGCAGGAGCUGAUCACCGAGAAGUACACUCUGAUCAUCUACGAUGCGGCGAGUGCGAUUACCGCGAUCCCGAAACCCGGGUAUUUGGGACUGUUCAGCUCUUUCACCUUUGGGAUGUAUCAAAAGCAGGAUUACAAAGACUUGGAUGAGUUCCAAUGCGCAACCUGCUUGAAUUCCGGUGCGCUCACGGCCAUGGAACGACAAACUCUUACCACGAUGCUUACGGUGGCGUUCGUCACCAUGUUGUCGUUCACCUUCUUCGCUACCGGCCGUUUCGGCAUCUUCUAAGUGGUUGGAUGAGAUGGUAAGGAGGUGGAAGGGAUCAUCCUGCGUUGGACCCUCACUUUUGCAUUCGGGGCGUCAUUUGGUGCGUUUCAUUUACGGGAAAGUAGCGCCAUCUUAUGAACAUUUCAUUGUGCAUAUUAUAUCACGCUCAUUACACGACCACAAGACAGGCAGGAAAGCGAUCAGGGUUAUGGGCUAGUCAUUCGCGGCGUUGGAGCCGUUCUUUCAUUGCGAGCACUGGUUGUGGAGAGUCUGGUCUGCGAAAUUUAUUGAGUUUGCUGUCGAGCACUGGAGCGAUAAUAAUCUAUGCCAAGGUCGCCUUUGAGGGUGGCCUUGGUAGGAGAUAGUUAAUGCCAUAAUUCUUCUUGAUAUCAUUCAGUCGUAUGUCUUAUGCGUCGUGAGGUUGCUUGUCGGCCUCUCAUUGAAAAAGGUUACAAGGACGUCGGUCGAACCUGAACCUGAUCUCCUACGAACUACUACCU